CCAUGGCCAGCACGGCCGUCCAGCUCCUGGGCUUCCUGCUCAGCUUCCUGGGCAUGGUGGGCACCCUGAUCACGACGCUGCUGCCGCACUGGCGCAGGACAGCGCACGUGGGCACCAACAUCCUCACGGCCGUGUCCUACCUGAAGGGCCUCUGGAUGGAAUGCGUGUGGCACAGCACAGGCAUCUACCAGUGCCAGAUCUACCGCUCGCUGCUGGCGCUGCCCCGCGACCUGCAGGCAGCCCGCGCACUCAUGGUCAUCUCCUGCCUGCUGUCCGGCCUGGCCUGCGCCUCCGCCGUCGUGGGCAUGAAGUGCACCCGCUGCGCCAAGGGCACACCAGCUAAGACCACGUUCGCCGUGCUUGGGGGCGCACUCUUCCUGCUGGCCGGGCUCCUCUGCAUGGUGGCCGUCUCCUGGGUCACCAACGAUGUGGUAGUGAACUUCUACAACCCGCUGCUGCCCAGCGGCAUGAAGUUCGAGAUCGGCCAGGCCCUGUACCUUGGCUUCAUCUCCUCAUCGCUGUUGCUCAUUGGGGGCACACUCCUAUGCCUGUCCUGCCAGGAUGAAGCCCCCUACAGACCCUACCCGGCCCAGCCCAGGGCAGCCACCACCACUGCGGCCUCUGCGCCUGCUUACCGGCCGCCCACUGCCUACAAGGACAACCGGGCCCCCUCAGUGACCUCGGCUUCCCACAGUGGGUACAGGUUGAACGACUAUGUGUGA